GGGCAGUUUCUCGCGAGAGCCCGUGCUGAGGCUCCGGGAGACCCCGCGUGUUUGUGUGUGUGUAUGUGUGUUGGUGAAUGUGAGUACGGAGGAGCAGCGUCCGCCAUUUCAGAGAGCUAGCCGACGCUGUCGCAGGGGUGGAUCCUGAGCUGCCAAAGCCGCUGCCCUGCUCACCCGCGCGGGCUCCUUUAAUCCCAUUGUUUCUUUUAGAUUCGCUUGGGCCUAGACGCCCUCGGGGCCCGAUAUUCGGGUUGGGCGGUACCGCGGCCUGGGCCUAGGGGCUUAACAGUAGCAACAGCGGCGGCGGCGGCGGCGGCGGCGGCGGACUUCCCGAGUCGAGCACAGGCGCGCGAAAGCCCGCACAGGCGUGUAGAGAAAAUGGCAGACGAUAUUGAUAUUGAAGCAAUGCUUGAGGCCCCUUACAAGAAGACUUGCCUAACGAUAUCUCACCUCUACUCCCAUGAAUUCACCUUUGAUUCCAGUGUGAACUGUCAAUCAUAAGGUAGUAAUUGAGUGACUUAUCGCUGUACCGUGGUCCCCUAGGUAAAAUGACUCAACUAAGAAUUAACAGCUCCAGUUUGGUAUAGCAAAAAAGGUGAAUGUAGUGGUUUGGGAAAAUAGCAGGGGUCCAAGAAUAAAUCAUAACCAGUCUAUGGCAAGUAAAUCUUAAGAGUCUUUAAAGAAGAAGAAAUGGGUGAGAUUUAAAAUUUAUUUUAUAUAAAUAGACAUAAGGCUGGUGAUAACCUUAAAACAGGCAGGUGUUGAUCUGCUUUUCAGUUAAUAAUUACUAAAAUUCUUGGAUCCCUGAAUAGAAAUUAGCAAAAAAAAAAAGAAAGAAAGAAAAAAAAAAAAAAGAAAGAAAAGAAAAAAAACCAAAACAAAAGGCAAGAGGCAGUGUCACAGAUUAGAGUCACUUGAUGACUGUUUACUGUUCUCCACAGUAUUUUGUUUUUAAUUAGGCCCUGCCAUAGUAUUUCACACUAAAAACUAGAAAGGAAUUAUUUUGGCUAGUAAUACAAUAUGACCCGUUUCAGUAUCACAGUAAAAGUAAACACUCUUCGUUCUUUCCCCCAGUUGGUGGUGAAAGUAGCAGUAUGCAUGCAUUAUCACUGGUGUCGCAACCUUAAGCUCUGUAACUUAGCAUAUAUACUACUAUAGCUGAUGUGUUCAAACUGAAUAAACAUUGCGCUUAAACCGUUUAAAAAUAAUACAUUUGUUUUGGAGUGUAGCACGACCAUGUGGUUCCUUUUGGAUGAAUUCUGAUAGUUUUAAAUAGUGUAAUUUUAUAAUGCUAGACAUAUUUUCUUGAAGACAUUUUCUGUUUUAAUGUUUCUUGUCUGAGUUUAACGUGGAUGUAAUCCAUGUAAACAGGUAUGGAAGUAGGAAAUGUUUAGACUGGACUGGUGGAUUAUUAAUUAACUUUUCUUGGGUUCUUGGGAGUCAACAUUACUAAAGCAGUGUGAAUCCCUGUUUGCUUCAGGGCGAGAUGUGUGACAGAGGUGGCAUCAAGCUCUUACAGUCCCAACCCUCCAACGGAAAUGGGCGAAGAUCUCAGGAAUGGCAUCGGUCACAGGAAAUCGAUAGUGGCUGGCUGCUAGCGUGGCCACUUGGGGCUUAGGCAGAAAUAGAGCCAUGGUACCGACAAAAGGGACAAUAGCACAUGGAAUAAAACUCAGUGACUUCAUGUUCAUAGAAAUACUAUUUAACCACUUCAACGUUGUAACGCUGGAUAACUUAAUAUCUAAACAAUGUAAGAAAGUAAAUAUAACAUGGUAAUGUGGAAAGAUUUUUAAUUUUUGUUUCUUGAUGACUUAAUUAUUAGCAACAAAGUGGUUAAACGUAUACCAUCUAAAUUUUUUUUAUAGCCUUCCAUGUUAAACUAAAUAAGUAAUUAGUUUUAAAAUUGUCUUGUAUUUUCUUAUUCCUAUUCCCUUUACCCUUUGACAACUUGAAAUGUUACCACUUCGUCCUCAUGAUGUUCUUCUAUCAACCUUGCUUAGGAUGAGAACAAGUUGAGCAGUGCUAACGGCCAUGAAGAACGUAGCAAAAAAGCUCAAAGUUCUUCAUAAUUACCUCAGUCAUCCUCACAACAACUUUGUUAGGAGAAAAAAAAGCAAGAGCAGAAGCCGUAGUCAUGAACGAAAAAGAAGCAAAAGUAAGGAACGGAAGCGAAGUAGAGAUAGAGAGAGGAAAAAGAGCAAAAGCCGGGAACGGAAACGAAGUAGAAGCAAAGAAAGGAGACGAAGCCGUUCACGAAGUCGAGAUAGAAGAUUCCGAGGCCGCUACAGAAGUCCCUACUCCGGACCAAAAUUUAACAGUGCCAUCCGAGGAAAGAUUGGGUUGCCUCAUAGCAUCAAAUUAAGCAGAAGACGUUCCCGAAGCAAAAGUCCAUUCAGAAAAGACAAGAGCCCUGUGAGGGAACCUAUUGAUAAUCUAACUCCUGAGGAAAGAGAUGCAAGGACAGUUUUCUGCAUGCAACUGGCAGCAAGAAUUCGACCAAGGGAUUUGGAAGAGUUUUUCUCUACAGUAGGAAAGGUUCGAGAUGUGAGGAUGAUUUCUGAUAGAAAUUCAAGACGUUCCAAAGGAAUUGCUUAUGUGGAAUUUGUUGAUGUUAGUUCAGUGCCUCUAGCAAUUGGAUUAACUGGCCAGCGUGUAUUAGGAGUGCCAAUUAUAGUACAGGCCUCACAGGCAGAAAAAAACAGAGCUGCUGCAAUGGCAAACAAUUUACAAAAGGGAAGUGCUGGACCUAUGAGGCUCUAUGUGGGCUCAUUACACUUUAACAUAACUGAAGAUAUGCUUCGGGGGAUCUUUGAGCCUUUUGGAAGGAUCGAAAGUAUUCAGCUCAUGAUGGAUAGUGAAACAGGUCGAUCAAAGGGAUACGGAUUCAUUACAUUUUCUGAUUCAGAAUGUGCCAAGAAAGCUCUGGAGCAGCUUAAUGGAUUUGAACUAGCUGGGAGGCCAAUGAAAGUUGGUCAUGUUACUGAACGAACUGAUGCUUCUAGUGCUAGUUCAUUUUUGGACAGUGACGAACUAGAAAGGACUGGAAUUGACUUGGGAACAACUGGUCGUCUCCAAUUGAUGGCGAGACUUGCAGAGGGUACAGGACUGCAGAUCCCACCAGCAGCACAGCAAGCUUUACAAAUGAGUGGCUCUUUGGCAUUUGGUGCUGUGGCAGAAUUCUCUUUUGUUAUAGAUUUGCAAACACGACUUUCUCAACAGACUGAAGCCUCAGCUUUAGCUGCAGCUGCAUCUGUUCAACCACUGGCAACACAGUGUUUCCAACUUUCUAACAUGUUUAACCCUCAAACAGAAGAAGAAGUUGGAUGGGAUACAGAGAUUAAAGAUGAUGUGAUUGAAGAAUGUAAUAAACAUGGAGGCGUUAUUCAUAUUUAUGUUGACAAAAAUUCAGCUCAGGGCAAUGUGUAUGUGAAGUGCCCAUCUAUUGCUGCAGCUAUUGCUGCUGUCAAUGCAUUGCAUGGUAGAUGGUUUGCUGGUAAAAUGAUAACUGCAGCGUAUGUACCUCUUCCAACUUACCACAACCUCUUUCCAGAUUCUAUGACAGCAACGCAACUACUGGUUCCAAGUAGACGAUGAAGGAAGAUAUAGUCCCUUAUGUAUAUAGCUUUUUUUUUUUCUUGAGAAUUCAUCUUGAGUUAUCUUUUAUUUAGAUAAAAAUAAAGAGGCAAGGGUCUACUGUCAUUUGUAUACAACUCCUGUUAUCUUGAAAAAUAAAAACGUUAACAGGAAUGCAGUGUGCUCAUUCUCCCUAAAUAGCAAAUCCUACUUUAUGCAAAGCUGUUUGCUUGUUCUGCCGUUUUAAAUGUCCAUGUAGAAAAUUACAUUAAGGAUCUAUAGAAUAGCUCUAGGGAAACAUGUGCUUUCUGUGUAAAAGCAGACAGGUAACGUUUGAAUGUUCCAGAAGCCUGACUUUUUACACAGCACUUAGAUUUCACAUUCCUUCAUGUAUUUGGCUCAUGGUUCAGCAAAGGUUUCUGGAAUGUACAUUUAGUUAUGGAAAGUCUAGGCAGCCGAGACGCUCUUUAGCAUCUCACCUUGAUCAUUUGGCAAGAAGGGGAUUUCAAAAUUAUAUUUCUUGAUGGUAACUUUUCAAUUAAUGUAUCUGUAAAAGUUUCUUUGUAAAUACUGUGUGUUUUAGUGUGUCUUGAGAUUCCAAACAAAAUGAUCCCUGCAUUUCCUGAAGAUGGUUGAUGUAACAGUUUGAGCAAAGCAGUCUGGGGAAGAGAUAGGAAAUGCAGAAAUAGGUUUUGUCUGGUUGCAUAUAAUCUUUGCUCUUUUAAGCUCUGUGAGCUCUGAAAUAUAUUUUUGGGUUACUUCAGUGUGUUUGACAAGACAGCUUGAUAUUUCUAUCAAACAAAUGACUUUCAUAUUGCAACAAUCUUUGUAAGAACCACACAAAUAAAAUUCUCUGAAAAAGGUCACAAGAAAA